GCCGAAACACCACGGACGCGAAUUCGUCGGAAGAUAAAAAUUUUCUUUCACUUAUUCCAUGUGUUUAUGCCAUGUGUUUUAAGAACAAAAAAAAAAGAAAAAGAAACAAGAAAGAGGAAAAGAAAAGAAUAAAUUGAAAGGAAGAAAAAAGAUUGGAAAAAGGUGAGAAAAAAGGGAAAAAAAAAGCGAAAGCGAAGAAACCAGUGAAAGGAAUCUUUUUAUUUUCUUUUUUCACGAACUUUCAAGAAAUAUUCAAUAACAAAGGAUUUCGUAUGAGCUUUCUUCCCGAAGUAAAAGAAUUAAACGUUGUUUUAGACGUUGCGACGCGAUGGCGUCGCUCGCGAACUUCGCAUCAUAAACUUUGGAACGAUCGAAAAUUUUCCAAGAAUAUUCUAUAUACUCCACGACUCUAACGUUCUUUCCUCAUUUCAUCGUGUAAUUUUCUCAUCGUGAUUGUGUGGUGAGAGGUGAAGGGGGGAGGGGCGGGAUUUUUCUCGCGUGAAACAUUUUUCCCCGUUGUUGCCGAUGGAAAAGGAAGGAAAUCGAAAAUAUAACAUGAUACGCAAAUGAGAACAUUAGCAUCUGGCGAAAUUUUCUCAAUGAAAUUACUUACUGACGUUUUCUGUAUACGUAUUUGUGCAUGAGUAUGUAUAUAUGUAUGUGUACGGUAGUGUAUGUGUGUGAGAGAGAAAGAGAGAGAGAGAAUAAAAGAAAGAGAAAGGGAAAACAAAGAUAAAGGUGCAAACAAGCGACAGUUGAUUAAGAAAGACGUGUUAUACCAAGAUGAAACUUCUUGAUAGUAUUCUUGUUCUUGAUAAAAAAAAAAAAGAACUUUCUGUUCUGGAAAGAGCAUUGAAAUAGAGUUACGUUGACUAUGAUGAAAAUUAAACAUAAAGAAAAAGAAAAAGACAAAGAGAAAUAAAGAGAGAUGCAUUAAUUAAUGUCAGUUCAAAUAUUUCCGAUCCAAUAUUGUUUUAAAAUAUAAUUGACGUAAGAAUUAUAAUUAAGAAACAAGGAAAAAGAUGUUCCUCGUUAAAGAGUAAAGAAGAGAGGAGAGAAAGAGAGAAAGAGAGUGGGAGGAGGGAGAUAGAACGUGUUUACAAAGGGAUUACAAUAAUUUUUUGAAAUAUGUGUCGAGUAAGUAAUGAAAACUUUGUUAUGACAAGACCGUAGAAGAGGAAAAUUUUAUCGUUGUUCCUUCAUUUUCGACGCAGUCGUCGAAUAGCUGAAUCUCUUGUGAUAUCCUAGAUUCAACCGAAAUAACUAAGUUACUUCGUUGGUAUGCAUUUCGUUGUAAGAGAUCCUCGGAUGAUGUUGAGAAAAUAAGAAAGGAUAGAUAAACGGUAGAAAAUAUUUUCAAAUUCGUGACAUUGUAAAUAUAUAUGUAUAUGUAUGUACGCAUGUAUAUAUAUAUAUAUAUACCUUUUCAAUCGUCUCGGAAUUUAUUUAUUUAAAAAAAAAAAAAAAAAGAAAGAAAAAAAAAAAAAGAAAAUUCCAACGCGAUUUAAGUUAAGACUUUAUCUUUAAUAUCGGAAAAUGCUGCGUAAAUAUUUCGUAAAUUUAGUUUCUCUCAGUUUCUCGUCAAUCCUCCUUUCUCAUUUUCUCUCGUGCGAGAAACGAGAGGUAGAGAGAAAAGAGGAAGUUUAACGCGAACGUUUUCGAAGUUUGUUAGGCAACGCUUAACGUCAUUCCUAAGUUGGAAAUUGCAUUCGGCUAUAUUCGGAAUACUAGGUAUCUGUACUUACUUGCUAGAGUUAUCGAUGUAUGUAUACAUGACAGACGAUAUCAAACUCUACCGGAAAUUAAAAUCGGUAUAUAUUCCGUAAUUAGUACGUCAUUAGAAUUGCGUAUUUGGUUCGUUUCUGUUUAGUGGAUUUAUAUCAAGCGACGCAUCACUAUCUACAUUUUACAUUUACAUGUAUUUAACGCCAUCCAGUUAAAUAUAUAUAUGUUACAGAAGAUAAGUACGACAGGAGAAACAUAUUUUGACAUGUAAAACAUUUUAAAUAUAAAUGUGAAACAUUUUUUCAUAAUUCUAUAUAUAUAUAUAUAUAUAUAUCACAUACCAACAUGCCAAUUAAAAUAUUCUAGAGUGCUCAUUUAUAUGACUUUUAAUAAUAAUUUUUCAUUACUUAUUAUAUAAUUAUCUAGUAAAAUAUUUUUUAUUUUCCGUUUUGUUACAAUUUUAUUCUAACACGUUUUAUAACAUAGACCGUAUUAGAAAUUUUCAAAUUCUUACGAAAGUACUUUAUCGGAGAAUUGAACGUUGUAUAGAAAAGGAGAGAAAGACGAUCUUAUUUCAACACAGCAGGAAAGAAAAAAAGAAAGAAAGAAAGAAAGAAAGAAAGAAAGAAAGAAAGAAAGAAAGAAAAAAGAAAAGAAAAAAAAGAUAAAUAAAUAGACAUUCACGGGUUGGAUUUCUAAGAAAGUCCUUUCCGAAGCUCGUAAAUGGAGCGUAAAUUCGAAGGAUGAAGUUAUUCGUUGAUCGUUUGGAAAGAUAUCGUUUGUAGGAAGUUUAAGUGUGAGAGAAAUAAAGAGAUAGAUAGAUAGAUAGAUAGAUAGAUAGAUAGAUAGAUAGAGCAAGAGAGGGAGAGAGAGAGAGAGAGAGAGAAAGAGAGAGAGUGGGAGAAUGGGAGAUACAGAAAAAGAAAAAGAGGGGGAGAAAAUACAUAUACAUAUGCAUACAUAGAGAUAGUGGACGCGUUUAUACGUAUUUUAGUUCGAAAAUAGAGUAGGCGUUUGAGUGGUGUUCCUUUUCCCCGCGUAUGGAGCAACGCAUACGUGCGUUCACCCUUGUUUGCACCGUCGCCAAGAAUAUCGUUGAGAGCAACGUCGUCGAAAGUAACGUCGUCUUCGAAGCACGAGGACGCGCAAACGUUUUCAACUUUUGAACGAACGUGAACGGACGUAGUCUCUUGUGACUUUUUUUUCUUACAACGAUCGACAACGUCAAAGUCGUGACAUCGAGUGUGAUUUUCAUUUGAUUUUUCGUUCACGUUAUCAUGACUCUUCCUGUGAAAUUGAUAUAAAAGAAAAAAAAAAAAAAAAAAAAAAAAAAGAAAAAAAGAAAAAAGAGAGAGGAAACGAAAAAAGAAGAAAAAUUAGAAGAAGAAAGUAAUGAAAAAAUAAGAAAGUACGAAUAAUGGACGUACAAACAAAUGGACUUUGUUGAUUGUUCAGUGAAAAAGACAUAGAAUGAUGAUAAAUAUGAAAAAAAGUGUUUCGAUUUCAUCGUAAUAAAUUUUGCAAUUGAAAUUUUGGAUUAAUAAGAAAAACGAAAUGAAACGCAAAUGAAAAAUGAAUUAUGAGAAAUGGUGUAAAUCAUCAUCAUCAUCAUCAUCAUCGUCAUCAUCGACAAUAACAGUUUCAUCAUCCAGAUCUUAGCGAGUUCUUCUAAAUUUCAAUCCCAUAAAGGAGAGAGACAGUAUUAGAGUGACUUCCGGUGUUCCGGAAACGAAAAGAUAUUAGCGUUGGAAAUGAAGUUUGCAAAAGAAAUUAUUAAUUAAAAAAAAAAAAAAAAAAAAUAUAUAUAUAUAUAUACGAUUUUUAAUAAAAAAUUAAAAAUAAAAAAACCUUUCUAUUUCGAUAAGACGAAAAUUAACGAUCGAUUUAAGAUCGAUUGAUUUCGAUCAGUAUCGUGCAAUUCAAUGCUAAUUUUAUAAUCGGUGGACGAAUUAAAAAAGAAAUUGUUAAAACAAAUGUCGAAGAUGCUUCGUUUGGAGUUGCUUGGUGUUGUGCUUCUUGCUUGCACACAAAUUCUCACGGAACAUCGUGACUCACGUGAAACUCGUGCACCUUACAUCAAUUAUCCGAGGUAUCAUCAAGAAAGCUUGGAACCCGUGACGAAAGAUGUUAAAAUAAAACAUGGUCGAUUACGUGGGACCGUAGUCAAGCCGAGAACCAAUCACGAUCUUCAGUUAGUCGACGUUUUCCUCGGAGUCCCAUACGCCGAGCCUCCAGUCGGCUCGCUCAGGUUCACGCCACCGAGAUCACCGCAACCCUGGAGAGGAGUACGACAGUCUCUGGAAUUUGCUCCGGUUUGCCCGCAAGUACUACCGAAUCUUCGUGACGAGGUGAAACCAGCACGCUAUGAGUAUCUCGAGAGGCACUUGCAGUAUCUCAAGAACCAGAGCGAGGAUUGUCUCUACCUCAACAUCUAUGCUCCACAUCAACCAGAAGGACAAAGGAAUUUAAAAAAGUAUCCUGUAAUGGUGUUUAUACAUGGCGAAAGUUAUGAAUGGAACAGUGGUAAUCCAUACGAUGGCACCAUUCUAACGGCUUAUGGAAAUGUCGUUUUCGUCACCAUAAAUUUUCGCCUAGGCAUUUUAGGUUUUCUAAGACCAGGUACUAGGGACGACGCAGCGAGUAAUUUUGGAUUACUGGAUCAAAUAGCAGCGCUUUUAUGGCUCCGAGAAAAUAUUGCUGCCUUCGGUGGAGAUCCCAACAGUGUGACCUUAGUUGGUCACGGUACAGGUGCCAUUUUUGCUAACUUACUUCUCAUCAGUCCAGUUGCAAACAAUAAAGGUCUGUUCAAGCGAGCCAUUCUGAUGUCCGGCUCGGCGUUGAGCGCUGACGCCAUUGGCAAGGCGCCGCUGCAAAUUACCAAGCAGGUGGCGCACGCUUUGAAUUGUCCAACGACGACCGACAGCGAUUUGGCUCUUUGUCUGCGCUUUCAAGAUGUCGAAGCUCUUUUAAACGUGAAGAUUCACAAGCCGAAAUACGUGCCGGCGUUUGCACCUCUUGUUGACAAGGCAGUUAUACCGGAUAAACCUAUUAAUCUCAUGGAAAACACACAACUUUUUGGCAGAUUCGACUUGAUGUACGGCGUUACUGAGUCAGAAAAAUUUCAUAUUUUACCGCCCAUUGCUUUACUACAUGGUUUGUCAGAUAAUCAACGCGAUGAGAUACUUCGAGAUCAUGCUAAGGCUACGCACGAGUUGGAGCCAGAGCUCGUACUAUCAAAGAUUCUCGAACACUAUGGCGACUUUUACGGUGAAUUUACAGACGACUAUGCGACGAAGAAUAGGGAUAUGGUUCUGGAAGCAUUCUCUGACAGCGGUACUGUCGCACCAUUGAUAAUGACCGCCAAUUUACAUUCUAGGGCGAACCCGAAUAGUUACAUGUACGUCUUCUCUCAUCCGAAGGCUAUGCAAGAUUACUCCGGCCAACAACGACAACAGACGAUACACGGCGAAGAGCUGUCCUAUGUGCUCGGCGUUCCACUCGACAGAAGCAAGUACGACUUGCGUAUUCGAUACAACAUCGGCGAGACAUUGUUUUCCGAGGCCAUGAUGAAUUGGUGGUGCAGCUUCGCGUACAUCGGAAACCCGAACGCAGCUAAAAGAUAUCCAUAUUUGACCGACGGAUUAAAAGAAUGGGAACAGUAUGAGCUUCACUGGUUGGAGUACAACCCAAGAAAUCAAACUUAUUUUAAUUUAACUAUACCACCAAAGCUCGGCUCUCACUAUCGUUCCGCUGAGAUGCAAUUCUGGAAUGAGGACCUUCCUAACAUGCUGAGGCAUCCCAACAAAGACAUUCCGAUGUUCAGUCGACCAAAGGGUCCACGACCUGCGAUCCUCGACUUCGCUGAUGGGAUUGGUAAAUACGCGAAUGGCAGCUCCGACAGGAACUACGAUAUCCACAGUGCCUGGUUUACAACGAAGACUCCAUCGAGUAUUACUGAAAGUAAUUUGGAGGGGAGACCGUUGAUACCUUUCUUCAUAACAACGAAUCAGCCAAAUCUUGAAAGCACCACGCCUGAAUCAAGUUCUUUGAAAAGUUCUUCGGUGAUAGCGAUGAUGAUUGGUUUUGGCGUCGUAUUCCUCUUGAUCAACUUAUCCGCUUUCUUUUAUCUUUACCGAAAGCGUCAAGCAACGAAAAAGAAUGAAAAGCCUCUUAAAAGACGUCUCAGCCAGAAGGACGAAGCAUUCAAAAGGCCGAAGACAGAGAAACAAGAAAACCAUUAUGGUGACCUCGGUUAUAAGAGCGAUAGUAAGCCGGAUUUGAACGAGGUGAUAAAAAGUGACAAGGCUUACGACAACAAUUCGAACUUCGGUAGGAGGUCAAAACUUUCUCGAGAAAAUUCCAGUUCUACCAUCGACACCCAUAUUAAAGUUAGGGAAUGGAUACAGCAGGAAAUUGUACAUAGGUGUUCGCCGAGAUUUCUACGAAAAACUAGAGAAACAUUGGCGAAAGAGCAUCAGGCGAAAUUAACGAAACAAGAGGAAGAAGAAAAAUGGCGACUAGAAGAGGAAGCAUUGAAGGGUAAGAAAGAGGAACCUAUAUACGAUGAAAGUCCAACGAUCGUGGUAAGACCAGGUAAGAAGUCAAAAGUACCAAAGGUGUCGGUCGCUAUUGAUGCGACCCCAGCAACGAGGACCGAAUCCGUUUUGAAUCAAGUACCAAUCGAAUUGUCGAAAAAGGAGGAGACGUUCGUUGAGAAGAUCGAACAAUCCUUCGACUAUCCUUUAUCUGAUGGGAGUCAAUUCCAGAUGACACCUCAAGUCGUUGUGAUAGAACAUCAUCAUUCGAGAAGUGAUCCACUACCAAUGGAGAACGUCUUGAGAAGCAUGAAACCGAAUUUCUCGACUCCGCGAAUCUAUGAAUCCGAUUCCGGUAGUACGAGCAGUCUCUACGCGAAGAUCAAUCCAAAGUCAAAAGUUCGAGUUCCACGGGGGAAUCUUGAAAGGAGCGACGAGACCGUUGAAAUUGAGGCCUCCAAGAAUGCUGAGGAUCGAACGACACCAUUGGAAGAAGUCUACGUGAAAUCGACGAAAUUGACAACUUUUAGUGGGGGUAGUACACCAAGCGAUGUGAAUGUCACGUGCAGAGAACCAACGGUCGAAAGAGAAUGCAUUAGUCCCGAGGAAGCACUUCGAACGAUAAAACGACGAAAUUACCCUAAGGUUCUACCAGACAUCGAGAAAAGACGUUCUCUUCCGGUACCAACUACCUUGUUCCUUCCGAAACAACAUGGGAACUCUUUAAGGGGUUACAAGGGUACUUUACCUAGUCCUGUAUCAGGACAACCUCCGUUACCACCGCCAAGAAUGUUCGGCACAUCGAAGAGCUUGGAAUUCGCCGAAGAGAAGGAAAACCAUUGUGAGGAGGAAGCUGUUACUAGUGAUCUUCACAUUGGACCAUUAACCAAACGACAAGAUUCUUCUGCUAAAAACAACUCCGAUCCUAGCAUCAUCGAUUCCAUAGAAGGAAAUAUGAUCAAUAGCGUUCAUUCUGGUGGUGGUAGUGUUGACACCAUUUAUACCAAUCCAAGAUGUCCGGUACAUGGCGGAUCCUACACAUUUUCACCGAACUCUCAGAUACUCGACAAAGAUAUCGGAGAUCCUAGAAGAGACUUCAUCGAGGCAGGAAUGGGCAACCCUAAUUGGUACAAGCCUGUAUCGAAGGAAGGUAAGGUAGUGCCGGUAAUGUCAUUGGCAUCCUCAGAACCGCGGAUCGUGAUCGCUCCUAGGGAACCAGAGAGGCAGCAGCGAUUGCUCGUUGGUAACGCAAAUUGGGAUAGGACAGGCGAGCCAAAGAUCGUGAUCACUCCGAGAGUGGUUAAUCUUCUAGGACAGGGUAAUCAAGAUCUCAGCCAGACUAUAGCCAAUGUAGGAGAUGCUUGCUCCGUUGAAACCGUGAUAUCUCCUUCGAAAGCUCAUACCAUCGAUUUAGGCUCAUCGGAACGAUUAGAGCUCGAAUCUAAUAGUAGUAGCAAUUUAACUAGUUCGAAGGAGGAAAGAAAGGAACCGCGUAUCAUAAUAACUGCUGGUGAUCCAAAGAAUACUUGUACGACGAAUUCAAAACAACCAAAAAUUAUUAUAAAACCUACAACUAGCUUUCAGAAGAGCAGAGAUCAAAGGAACAUACCGAAAAUCUCAGCCAUACCAUUGGUGGAACGACAAAAUAGUCAGAACGUCGAAAGGGAUAAGAUCUUAGAACGUAAAGAGAACAGGCCUACUGUCGAAAGACCUCCCUUGAGAGAAAAGCCGAAAGUAACGAGAAUACCGUCCUUCUCAAGACGAAAAGAGGACUUACCUAUCGGUAUCGAUAAAUCGUUAACACAGACGCAUACAGAGAAGACGGAGAUUGUGCAAAGAGUCGAGGCAGUACCUGGUAAAAUCUCGAAUGUGACUUAUGCACAUGACGGUAAAUCUUCUAUUCCUACUCUUCAGAAAAAGGACAGCGAAAAGUCAUCUAUAACAGGUGAAGAUUCCAAUGGAAUCCCAACUGGUACAGUCAAAAGGAAACCUUCGUAUAAGAAAUAAUAUGAGACAUUUUAUCAACUAGUUCUACUAGUUUGUUUUGUCUUGAUUCUUUUUUUCUUUUUUUUUUUUUUUUUUCUUCUUUUUUGCACUAUCAAAGGAAAUACGAAAAGUAUUUAAAACAGGACAAAUUCGUAGCUGGUAGGAAAUCGACUAAAGACAAGAUAACAGACUAUAUCAAUAAAUAGAAAUUAAUGAUAAAUUAAAAUAAUCAAAUAAUGUUGAUAUAAUUAAUAUAGAGAAUAGAUAAGCUAAAUGAAUAGAAUGAUAAAACGAUGGGAAUAAUGUAAACUAACAAUUAUGUAGAUUUAACAGGUGAAAGCAUCGUGUUAGGGAAAAAGUAUUGUCCGAUUUAACGUAGCAUUUAACUUUUAGAAAUUUGACGAUAUUUUUCCUUUAAAUCGAUAUCUUAAUCUUAAUGAUGCAAAGACAAAAAUACAUUGAAUUUUACAGGCCGAUUUACAUCUUCGUAGACUGAUCCUUGCACUUACCUACAAACUAUUCUCUCAGAGAAUUCAACAAAGACUUUUAGUUCCAGUAAAUCGAAUGUCGAAGCUGUGUUGGUACGUUCUCUUUCGUCUCGUAACUUUCAACGAUUCCAAAGGGGAAAACUGAUCUAUCGAUAUCAUUCUCUGAAACCUAAAGCCGAUGUUGAAGUAUUCCAUAGAAAGAGAGUUGGCGAAAAGAUUCGGUCCAGUGCAUGCUAAAGUAAUGAAACCAUCUUUCUAUUUGAGCGGACUGUUGGAUUCGACGGGCCGAAGGAAGAGAUUGAAAAGUCCUCCAUGAAAGAGAUCGAUUCUGAUUUUGAACGAUGCAACGACAAAUUUUAUUCUAAAAAAAAAGAAACUAGCAAAGUGGAAAACUAUAUUUUUAUGAUCGGUAAUAGUGUGUCUGUUGCAAUUAUGUAAAUGUAAGACAUAUUGCUUGUAAAAAUUAUCUUCGUGAGAUUGAAACUACUUGCGUAAUUAAGUGAAUACGAUUAUGUGAAUCACUUUCGUAAAAAAAGUGAUUAGUUCUAUAAUAAAAAAAAAAAAAAAAAAAAA